UCCGCUUCUUCUCCUGCUCGGUGACACAGAAUUUCAUGAAAUCCUCCUGCAAAUUAUCCACAGAUAGAUUGUGACAGUAAUUGAACAUGAUUUCCCGGGAUGUUAACGGAUCCAUUCAACCAUCAUCGUUGACUGCACCGACAAAUACUGCAUCUGUGAGACCGGGGAAACUACGGAUUGAAAUCCUUAGCUGCUUUCUCAACAUUCCUGUGAAAAAGCCCUACGUUGUUAUUACACUUGGAGACCAACAAUAUCACACUUCCAUAUCCGAGGAUGCCGAGGGUCGCUGGAAUGAAAGUUUUGAAUUAUCCGUGAGCUUUCAUGCUCAGCUUUUCGAUACCAUUCAAUUGGAUAUUUAUGAUCAUUUUAUGGUGUUGUCUGACAAGCAUGUUGGCCGCUGCGAAAUCCGGUUGUCCACGCUUCAGCACAUGCCAGAAAGCUAUGUCAGCUACUACGAAGUGUGGGAGAAGAAGCUGUGCGUGGGUGGCAGUUCCAAUGUCCCUGGUAAAAGGACUCGGAUCACCAAUUGUGGAGCCCUGCAAGCCAAGAUAACCUAUCGCUAUCGCAAUGCCGAGAAAGCGCCAGCUGCAAUUCGUGAAACGAAUGAGGAAAAUCAUCAACCACGCCGUCUCGCUGAUCUGCCGAAACCAAAAAGCAAUGAACUGAAGAGCACCAACCUCGUCAAUGAACAACAACUUGCCGAAGAGUUUAAGCGACAUUUAAGAUUUCAACGCGAACGGCGGUCCACCAGCUCGAGAUUUCAAAAGUUUGAAGAAGAAUAUCGAAAAGCAAAGGAACCAUUAGCGGACACGAUGGAUUAUCCCGACGAUAGCGAUACCGAGGACGAGCAGGACGACGAUGAUGUUCGUCCAUUAACAUUGACGAAGCAAAGUGCAAAAGCAAACUAUGAUCAAUCACAGCGAAACAAAGUGACCCACCCCCCCGAAAUGAAAGACGCCAAAGAACGACCUAAAAAUCGCAAAUUUGGUUCAAUUUUUCAAGGCUCCAAGUCUUCUUCCAUGAACACGUCUCGCUCAGUUACUCAGAGUCCCAAAUUGGAAGCGCAUGAAAUCGAUCCACUGGGGACGUCCAACGAAACUGUCAUGAACACGCUGACUACCCUGUCCGAUGAUGACCAGACCUUGAAAGCGUAUCCAGUACUAAAAGCCAUUGGGGCUUGGACCAUGAAUAAGGAAACAAAUCAAGUACUUCACACUGUUGGCAAAUUAUUGGCUGCAUUUGGUCAGGGGUUCGAACUGACCAAUAUGCAGGUGCUUGUCGGGUUCAAUGUGCUGCAAAAGUUUUAUCAAGAGAUUCCGCGUGAACGCACAUGGGACGUGGUAGAGGAAUUGUCUGAAAUCGACUUGGCAGCUUAUUUCUGGAAAUUUUCUGUGGCGUCGUAUGGUUGGAAAGGUCUGAACUUUAUCGGCCAAGGCAACGGCUACAUCACAGAUGCGGUGCGGAGUCAUUCGGAUGCAUUAUCGAUUAUCCAAUAUCUAUCCAUACCGAAAGAUGAUCUUUUGGCCUAUGAGUUCAGAACUGCCGAAGCAUUUCGACCCAGUUAUUUUAUUGCUCACGACCGCCAUACCAAUGCAAUUGUGCUAUCGAUUCGGGGGACCAUGAGUGUAUUCGAUACUUUGACUGACCUUGUAUGUGAAUAUGAACCAUGGCGUGGUGGACUUGUACAUAAAGGCAUGAAGUCUUCAGCGCUUUGGUUUUUCCGCCAUGUAGCACCACAACUAGUAGUUUACUGCAAUGAGCAUGGCGCGAGUGCUCUUUACAUUUUGGGUCACAGUCUCGGUGCUGGCACCGCGGCUAUUCUGACCAUCAUGCUAUUGGAUUACGUAAAUGAAUUUCGAAAUGAUACGACUGAAGAGUUUACUCUUCGAUCGUUUGGGUAUGCUCCGGCUUGUGCCAUGAGCCUGGAUCUGGCGACGAAAUACAAGGACCACAUUCAAUCAAUUGUGUUUGGAGAUGAUAUUGUGAGCAAGCUCAGUUACGGAUCGAUGAUGGAUUUAAAGGAUCUUAUUAUGGCAAGCGCUGACGCUGCUCAGCAGCUCAAGAUUGGUCAGCUGCUGUGGGCAGGCAAAACGCAAAAGGAUCGCUGGGAUGCAGCGUUCGACAGGAUACGGGAGGUACGGAGGCGAUGUUUAGAUACAUUAUCCAAUCCAAAGCUUUACGUUGCUGGAAGUAUCUAUCAAUUUUGGCUGGAUCCUACCGCCAACAAUCCAACACGAAUAGUGGUUGAAAAAACAGAAGCUACUCGGGUUUCAAGCGAGAUUAUCCUUCGAAAGUCCAUCAUCUUUGAUCAUUUGCCGACCAACUUUGAUUUGGCGUUUCGGCGGGCACGUGAAGCUCUCAUGGUGGAAGGCGCACUAGGCAAAUCCGACCAGCGAAAACCAUCGGGUGUGCUGGACAAACCAUCCUCACAAAGGGAAGAAGAACAAUACAUUGAUCCUCGGUUACAGAAACCAUACAAUGAUGACAGCAACGACCCCAAUAACGACCACUCUAAUAUCUCAACCACUGCUCUUUGGGACGCCAUUGCAGGACUUCGGCCCACCAAUAGACAAGAUAAUUCAAUGAAACAUCCAUAGUAACCACCUCACUAAUAGCCUUAUUUUUUAAUUAUACCCGUUGCUGUGUUUGCUGCAAAAACGACACCACUUUCUCAUUUUUCAGCAGUCAAAUGCUUGGUUUGAUCCUAUCUGUUGCCCAUUUACGUUAUAAAGAUAUAUUUGUACGUGAAUGCAUACAUUUGCGGGCUUUGUUACUCGAAUCUGGUUAUGCUUACCGUAACACGAUAAAAUUUGGACUGUUGGAG